GUUUAAACCCUCCGACUGGACAUGCGGGAUUGUAUUUUUUUAUUUUGAAGCGCACAAAUUGGAAGCGCGGGGUGCGAGAGGAUUUCUUGUUGCUAUGGAGUAACGGUUCCUGUCAGAGCUGGCUGGCACGCAGAGCAGCGGACGGUAAAAAAACAAGCUCCUCUAGCCGGCGCCGGGGAGCAGCAGCCGGGCGCUGGGACCUGAAGGGGUCGGCUGGCUGGCGAGUUAGCCUGCUACCUGCGGCGCUAGCUGGAGAGCCUCUCAUAUCACCAUCUUCAACCGAUUCACUGCACAGCACAAAAGCGUAUACAAAAUUCAUUGCACCCGUGAAGAUGGAUUGAAACAUGAAGGGUGGAACUGUCUCAUCAUCAAAAUAGGAGAGCCUCUCUUUUAGGUUGUGCUCUGCAGCUGAUCGGUGAGUGAGCUGGGUUGCAGAGAGGAAGAUGCCUCCCAGGCCUUCGUCAGGGGAGCUGUGGGGCAUCCACCUGAUGCCUCCCAGGAUCUUGGUGGACUGUCUGCUGCCUAAUGGGAUGAUCCUGACCCUGGAGUGUCUCCGUGAGGCCACGCUCAUCACCAUCAAGCAUGAGCUGUUCAAGGAGGCCAGGAAAUACCCACUCCACCAUCUGCUACAGGAGGAGACUUCCUACAUCUUUGUCAGUGUUACACAGGAAGCAGAGCGGGAAGAGUUCUAUGAUGAGACCAGGAGACUGUGUGACCUCCGACUCUUCCAGCCCUUCCUCAAGGUCAUUGAACCAGUUGGCAACAGAGAGGAGAAGAUUCUCAACAGAGAGAUCGGUUUUGCGAUUGGUAUGCCAGUGUGUGAGUUUGACCUCGUGAAAGACCCUGAGGUUCAGGACUUCAGGAGAAACAUCCUGAACGUUUGCAAAGACUCUGUGGAACUCAGAGACGCCAAUGGGCCCCACAGCAGGGCGCUGUACGUCUACCCACCCAACGUGGAGUCCUCACAGGAACUACCCAAACACAUCUACAGCAAAUUGGACAAAGGUCAGAUAAUUGUAGUGAUUUGGGUGAUUGUUUCCCCUAACAAUGACAAGCAGAAGUACACUCUGAAGAUCAACCACGACUUUGUGCCUGAACAGGUUAUUGCUGAGGCUAUUCGUAAGAAGACACGAAGCAUGCUGCUGUCCCCAGAGCAGCUGAAGAUGUGUGUUCAGGAAUACCAGGGCAAAUACAUUCUCAAAGUCUGUGGCUGUGAUGAGUACCUGCUGGAGAAGUACCCCAUCAGCCAGUAUAAGUAUAUUCGAAGUUGCAUCAUGCUGGGCAGGAUGCCUAACCUGAUGCUAAUGGCUAAGGACAGCCUGUACACACAGUUGCCCAUAGAUACCUUCGUCAUGCCAUCAUACUCGCGCCGCAUCUCCACGGCAACGGCCUAUAUGAAUGGCGAGGCGGCCGCCAAAUCGCUGUGGACCAUCAAUGGAACUCUCCGGAUACGAGUCCUCUGCGCCACGUAUGUCAACGUCAACAUACGGGACAUAGACAAGAUCUAUGUGAGGACCGGCAUCUACCACGGUGGGGAGCAGAUGUGUGAUAAUGUCAACACACAGAGAGUCCCCUGCUCUAAUCCCAGGUGGAAUGAGUGGCUCACUUAUGACAUGUACAUCCCAGACAUCCCCCGCGCAGCAAGACUGUGCCUCUCCAUCUGCUCUGUCAAAGGCAGGAAGGGGGCCAAAGAGGAACACUGUCCCCUGGCCUGGGGCAAUGUCAACCUGUUUGACUACACUCACACCCUGGUGGCCAAUAAGAUGGCCCUGAACCUCUGGUCUGUUCCCCACGGCCUUGAAGACCUGCUUAACCCCAUAGGAGUCACUGGAUCCAACCCUAAUAAGGAAACUCCUUGUCUGGAGUUGGAGUUUGACCACUUUAGUAGUCCAGUCAAAUACCCAGAUAUGUCCGCUAUAGAGGAUCAUGCAAACUGGACCAUCUCGAGGGAACUGGGAUUCAAUUACAACCUCUCUGGACAGAGUAAUCGUGUGGCCAGAGAUCACGCCUUGACAGAGAGUGACAAAGAGCAGCUGAGACAGCUGAGCAACAGAGACCCUCUGUCAGAAAUCACUGAGCAGGAGAAAGACUUCCUCUGGAGACACAGGCACUACUGUAUGGACAUCCCUGAGAUCCUUCCCAAGAUCCUCCUGGCAGUCAAAUGGAACUCCAGAGAUGAAGUAGCACAGAUGUAUUUCCUGCUAAAGGAUUGGCCAUCUAUCCGUCCUGAGCAGGCCAUGGAGCUGUUGGACUGUAACUAUCCGGACCCCAUGGUCAGGCACUUCGCUGUCCGGUGCCUUGACAAAUACCUGACCGAUGACAAAUUGUCCCAGUACCUCAUCCAGCUUGUACAGGUGUUAAAGUAUGAGCAGUAUCUUGACAAUCCCCUGGUCCGCUUCCUCCUCAAAAAGGCCCUGACCAAUCAAAGAAUAGGGCACUUCUUCUUCUGGCAUCUCAAGUCAGAGAUGCACAAUAAAACAGUGAGCCAGCGGUUUGGGUUGCUAUUAGAAUCCUACUGCAGAGCCUGCGGCAUGUACCUCAAACACCUGAGCAGGCAGGUAGAAGCCAUGGAGAAACUCAUUAACCUCACCGACAUCCUCAAACAGGAGAAAAAGGAUGAGACACAGAAGGUCCAGAUGCGGUUUCUAGUGGACCAGAUGAAGAGACCGGACUACAUGGAUGCUCUUCAGAACUUCACCUCUCCCCUCAACCCUGCACACCAACUGGGAAACCUGAGGUUAGAUGAAUGCAGGAUCAUGUCAUCAGCAAAGAGGCCAUUGUGGUUGAACUGGGAGAAUCCUGACAUCAUGUCUGAACUGCUCUUUCAGAACAAUGAGAUCAUCUUCAAAAACGGAGAUGACUUGCGUCAGGACAUGCUCACUCUGCAGAUUAUCAGAAUCAUGGAGAACAUUUGGCAGAAUCAGGGACUGGACUUGCGGAUGCUGCCCUAUGGCUGCUUGUCACUAGGAGACUGUGUGGGUCUCAUUGAGGUGGUUCGCAGCUCCCAUACCAUCAUGCAAAUCCAGUGUAAAGGAGGCCUGAAGGGGGCGCUGCAGUUCAACUCAAACACCCUGCAUCAGUGGCUCAAGGACAAGAACAAGGGCGAGAUGUACGACAUGGCUGUGGAUCUGUUUACAAGGUCGUGCGCUGGCUACUGUGUAGCUACUUUUAUCCUUGGUAUAGGAGACAGGCACAACAGCAACAUUAUGGUCAAGGAUGAUGGACAGUUGUUUCAUAUAGAUUUCGGCCAUUUCCUGGAUCACAAGAAGAAGAAAUUUGGUUACAAGAGAGAGAGAGUUCCCUUUGUGCUGACACAAGAUUUCCUCAUCGUCAUCAGCAAAGGAACCCAGGAGUGCACCAAGACCAGGGAGUUUGAGAGGUUUCAGGAGAUGUGUUAUAAGGCCUACCUGGCCAUCCGGCAGCAUGCCAACCUGUUCAUCAAUCUCUUCUCCAUGAUGCUGGGCUCUGGGAUGCCCGAGCUGCAGUCAUUCGAUGACAUCGCCUACAUCAGGAAGACACUGGCGCUGGAGAAAUCUGAGCAGGAGGCGUUGGACUACUUUAUGAAGCAGAUGAAUGACGCUCACCAUGGAGGAUGGACAACCAAGAUGGACUGGAUAUUUCACACAAUUAGACAGCAUGCACUAAACUAAUAAUGCUGUACACACAAACAUUAGCCACCUGUCCCACCAUAGAGCUACAAUACACUACAGAGCUUCACUACAAUACCAGUAGACGGGCUGAUUUCCAGCCAUCUAACCUCCAACCACCAAGCAUUAGUCCUGCACACGGCCUUCAGUUCUCCAUUUCUGCUGACGUCAGGAACUGCUAAUCCAGCGAUAGGACAUUCAGUUUCCUGUUUGACAGCGUGAACACUUUUUGGACACAGCAGCUCUAGUCAUGUUUUUUUUUUUUUUUUCCUGUUUCCCCAUAUUGUCCUUACAUUACUACCUGUCUUUCAAAUGACGCCCCUGCACCCCCCUCUGCCUGGUCUGGAUUUACAAGGAAGUGUCUUCUUGUAAACAUCUCUGCUUCCUCCUCAUGUCCUGAUGGGGAUGUGCACUCUCCUCAGCUAGGAUUCACUAGGCCGGUGUUUGUACUGGCUACUCUCCUUCCGCUGUUUGGGGGAAAUUGGAAAAACUGGGUAACCAAGGAUGUUUUACCCCCACGCUGCUGCUCACUGAGGAAAAACACAAACUGAUGAGAGCAACGUAAAGAACAUCAAUCCGCCUAGCUACAAAUGUAGCCUUGUUUAAGUCCCACUUGCUGCACUACUGCUGUGCUAUUGCUGCACUGUGGCUGCACCCCAGAGGGGAGGUGCUUGUUUUGUUUUUCAGCGCUCAGAAGACACAAGGACCAGUCUAGCAGGGUUAGAGUUCGGGGUGGGAUUAACGCCGAUGAGUAUAGGAGAAGGGCUUCUACGACGGCUGUACAGUUUUCCACCAUCUUCUGGGUGAAGUUGCCCUUGUGAGCUCACUUGGCAUCAGCUCCCCCACCCACCUUCACUCCUAACCUCAACCAUCUGUGAGGAAAUUUCAAAGCUCAGAAACUCCAAAUUGUUGUCUGGGUUGUUUGGCCCGAGCUCUGCGGUCUCCCUCUGUCUCUGUGUAACAGUGCUGCCCCCUUGGGAACAUUUGCUGGUGGUGCAGCUUUACACUCCUUAAAACUCCUGGGUGAUGAUGCCUUAUCAUCAAAAACAGCACUUAGAAACAACAGAAUAAUAUACAGAUUUAUUAUGACUUUUUAAAUUUAUUUAUGUAUGUAGUUUCUUUCAGUUUAUACAAUGGCAAAACUCCACUCCUCCACAAUCACUCCUUUGUUUGUGUAAAUAUAUUUGUUGUUUUGUUUUUUGUUUUUUUUGUUUUUUUUGUAUUUUGUGUUUUGUAUCUCUCAGUUGGAGCUUCUUCUGCCAAUCAUGAGUGCGAACCUCGCACCCCCUUUUCUCGAUCGUAUUCGUUAAAUUGGAGUGCUGCGCUGACAUCUUUUUGCCUCGUAGACUCUGUUAAAUUCCACAUCUCACCCGACCAUACCGGUGAUGCGAGAUCACUUUCACUUGAUGUCACAGCAGCCCCUGUUUUACUAUGUGUACUCCAUCGCCCCAGUAGAAAUUGUAAAGUUUAAUUUGUUUGGGGAUCCACAAUAGUGAGAGUGAAAGCACCCAUCUCACAUUUUAUGAAUAAUGGGACCUGUCUUCUUUAGCCUCUGGCUGCCUGUUUUAGCAGCGAGUGGAGGCCCAGAGGAAUGUCAUGUCUUCCUGUCGAUGAAAUGCCUUGGCGCCACAGCACAACACCUUACAACACUGCACACUACUCAGCGCUACACGGUUGGCUUCACUAACCUAGCAAGUUGUAGCAACAAAACCAUACUGGCACUCUGAUGGUUUUUUUGUUUGUUUUUGUUUAGAAAAAUCAGAACAAGAUCUGACCUUAAUUGAGCACUUUUUGUAUUUUCUACCAUGCUGGGUCAGUGCUUUUAAGUACAACCUCCAUUCGAAUGUCUUUAAAACAAUGAAUCAUGGACAAAGUGUAUUGUAACUUUUAAUCAUGACACAUUUGGUGGGCACUUUUAUCCAAAACACCCUACACUGAGCCUGCAACCCUGGCAAUAUUGGAGCCAUGCUCUCACCAUUGAGCAGCACAAGGAAUGACACCGCUGACCCUGGUACUGUUAAAGCCAUGCUCUGCCCACAGAGCUGACAUUGUUAGACGCCUGGAGUUUUUUUUUUUUUCUCUAAUAGAAAUAUUUGUGCAUGAUGCUUUUUUUUUCAUGUGAGCCAAAUUGUUAAAAAAAAAAAAAAAGCAGACCAUGACUGUUUAAAUAGUUUUAAAUGUAACUACCCAGUAUUGCCCCAAAAUCUGUCCUGUAUGGAUGUUCAGACUUUUGUAAUUUAUUUCAAAAAUCGACUCUGGUCAUAAGUUGAUUGACUUUAGUGCUGAACGUAGCACCUUGACUGGCAACCUGCCAUAGACAGAUGAACUGAGAACUGCUCAGAUGCAGGUUGGGCACUCUGCUGAAGCAAGAAUGUAUUGGUUUACAAUUGAUUAUGGGAUAGGUGCCAUAGAGCAGCCUCACAAGCCCCUAACUCCUCACUUUGUAUCUUACAUCCAGCUAAGAUAUUUGGACAUGCACACAGCUACAGUACUGUCUUAGCAGCCUUACAGCAUGAAAGAGUCCAUCUGUCACCUGAAAAGAGCGCCAACGAUUUCCCAGUCCAGCUGUUGAUUGUACUGAACAGCCAAAGUCGCAAUUUGUUUCGUAUCAGACGAUUGUGUGUGUGUGUGUGUGUGUGUGUGUGUGUGGUAUUAUUGCAGCAUUAAUGGUUUGAAUGUAUUUAAUUGCAAACAUGGACCUUGUGUGCACUCAGUAUGUUAGUGUGUGUUUAUGCGUUGUUUUCUCUGUAUUUUCUUUGUAAUGUCAGAUGCAGUGCCACUGUAUAGUACAUAGCUUAUCAGCAGAGAAAUGCUCUCCUCCUCACUCAUCUUGUAUUGCCAAUCCUGCCAACUCUGGCGUUAUCGAGGCCUGUGGAAGCUAAUGCUGGGGUUGCAUCAUGCAGUGAGUCAAAUCAGUUACAGAUCUAUUCAAGCUCCCAUUCGCUGACAAGGGUUUGCACUUAAAUUUCUAGUUCUCAAUGCCUUUUUGUCCUCAAGGACACUAUAGGAAGAAAGUGAGCCUACCAUGCAUGUCUCUCAGCAGCAUAAGCAGUUUGUAUGUACAUUUUGACGCAGCAUUAACGCAGUAUGUAUGUACAGUUACAGUCUCUAACCUCUUUUUCUAUGGUUGGCCUUCAUGUAUGACAAGCCUGUAGUAUUAUUAGCCUUAUCUUUAAUAGCUUCCUUUCCCAUGUAUCCUCCAAAUUUUGUGUGUGUGUGUGUGUGUGUGUGUGUGUGUGUGUGUGUGCGCAUGCAUGUGAAUGCACAUGCAUUAAUUGUCUUUCUGUACAGGAUGCAGAGCUUCAUGGGCAGGCCCCAAUGAAAUCCACCCCCUACAUGUUUGUCCAUGUGUCUGUGUGCGAUGACACUGUUACUGUUACAGUGCAGAGUCUCUAAAUGUUUUGUAAGCCUUUUUUCCACAGGCUGGUCUGGGCCAGAGAAGAAAAAAACAGAUGCUGACCUUUUUGCAUCAUUUGUAAGGAAAAAAACUGAGGGAAAUGAAAAACUUUUUUCAGACUUCUGUUGUAAAUGUUUUACUUGAAAUGUCAUGAAUCUGAACCACGGUUGUAUGUUGUCAGUUUAAAGUCAAUAUAAGGAGUGCGGUGUCUGUUAAUACUCUGGGUGUGUGUGUAUGGCUUGUACUGUAUGUACUGUAAGCACCGAAGGUUACAGCAUUGUGUAUAGGCUAUUUGAUACUGCUAGUGAAGAUUGUCAAUGCCAGAACCCUGCAUUUAAGAGUGAAAAGACACUAGCACGUCUUUGAUUAGUGAAGGACCAAAGUUGCUCUCGUUGCCAAAUUUCAAACAUCAGGGUACGGUGAGAACUAUGACGAAGGAUGUAAGAUUUUGUAGGAGUGAGUAAUUAGGUCAAAUUACACAUGCAUUUUUAGAGCCAUCCUCAAUAAGGCUUGCGCACAGAUUUAGAAGGAGGAGCUUUAAAACUGAGGUUGUAGUUCUCACAUUUUUGUCAGAGCACGCUCUUCAAAAAGUUGUCUGGGCCAACAACUUUGGUGCUGAAUUAAUUCAAAAAAUCUGCAAUAAAUAUUGUACUGUUUUUUCUCCCUCAAAUGAAGGGCUCUGAUGGCACCCAUCGUUUGUCCAAGUCCCAGUAAAUUAUCAAGAUUCAGAAAAACGCAACAAUGAAAACCCAGGCCCAUAUUCACAAAGCUGCUCAUCACAGGUUCAGGGAAACUUAGAGUGACUCAACACCAGCAGAAGACUUCUGCUGCGCUGCCCUCUAGUGGCUGAAACCUUCAAACAUGUAGUUCUUCUGGCCACACCCAAUCUGUGAUGCAGCUGCAGGUACUUUGCCACUAACAGCUGCUAACACAACCUGCUGCAACGUCACUGAUGGGUUGCGGCCAGAAGUGCAACAUGUCUGAAAGUUUUAACCCCCAGAGGGCAGAGUAGCAGGAGUUUCCACGCGUUUGUGGUUUAGUGUUGAGUUUGACCUUUUCAAGCCAACUGGCCUGGUAACUAAAAGCCUGCAGUUUCCAGUGAAAUUCUGCAUGAUGAUGGAGAAUCAUUGUACCAACCAAUUCAAAAUAUAAAUGAGCUUUUUGUUGCUUUUUUGUGAGCUUCCCAUGCUCCAGCUUGUGAUACAUAGAGGUUUUUGAGGCCUUAAUAGCUGUGUCAUGUGGGCCGUGUUGAAGCUCAGAGAAAAGAUGCCAUAGUGUUAAAUGUCUCAAUACUAAAACAAAGUCAGAUGCAGGUCCUCAAGUGUAAUCAGUGAUGCACAACUAAUGGGUAACGAUCAUCAGCCAGACUCUGCACAAAGUAUCUUUGCAUAGAAAGCUGAUAUGCAGUUUGUGACUCCGUGAAAGUUGGCAGAGAGACAGUUUCUGUAUUAAAAAAUAUCCCAACUGUCUUUAGCCCCUUCCGGUUUACCCCUGCUAAUAAAUAACCUGACCUGACCUGUGAUCACAGGCCAGUUCCAGCUCCUGUUCUUAGCACUCAUGAAUAUGGGCCCAGUUCCUCCUCUGCAUAAUGUAAAGUGGUUCGGAAACACUUUGAAACGUUUCAAAUCUACAAUGAGGGAAUGUCACUGCUACAUGACACACACACACACACAAAAAAAAUCAGCAAGACUCACAGAUGGCCUUAAAGCUAACAAAAUGUUGGGUGUUUUUGAACAUUUACACUUGCAGGGAACAAAAGGACUUAAGGAACAAAGCGGGGUAAUCAUUGACCAUUCAGUUUUGAUCUUGAGAAAAAUCCUAAACUCUCCAUUUGAUGAGAAAGAAGCUAAACGGUCUGCUAUCGUUUCACGUGCUCUCCUUUUAUGCAGUAUUCUGAACUGCAGUGCAGUAUCUCAUUAACAUGUUUCCAUAACGGUUGCCAUGCUGUCAUGACCUUAGCCUAUACUAUGAAUGUAAAAUGGGCCAAUGUAUUGUUUCUCACAGCCAACCUGCAUGUGUUUGGGUGAAGGUGACAAAUAUUCUUCUUGCUACCUUUUUGUUAUUGUUUUUAUUUUUCCUUAGUCUGCUAAGGAGCCAUAUGAAUGUUUAUUAAUUAAUGCCUUAAGUUUGCUCCCUGUAGUAACAGAUACCAGGACAAGUCAAACCCCCCAGUAACCUGCAUUUUUAUUCACAAAAUGUAUAUUGUUUCAUUUGGCUCGUUGGUUAGAGUAAAAGCUUUGUACCCUGACUGACUGACUGACAAGACAGACUGACUCACUGGUCGUCUGAGUGUUUUUGUGAAGAUGUACAAAUAAAGUUCAGUUAAACAUUCA